UCCCGCCACCAUCAAAAUACAGACCCGUGUUAUUACGUCCUGCUGCCUGGGAUACUUGCUCGUUUGUCCCAGUCAUCCCGAUCAGUCGACCUCGAUCCCUCACCCGGCGGCCAGGGCGGCUACCAGCAGCCCUCCUACGGUCAGCGUAGCUACGGACUGCGGCACGAUGUCAUUGCCAUCGCGCAGACUGCCCCUGAGGCCGGUGAUUUACAGCUCUGCCUCAUCCCAUGGGGUAAUUUCAGCGGUAGACCGAUUUAUAUCGUUCAGCGUCUGCUCAGUGGCACAUGGGAUCAGGAACGGACCGUCUGCAAAGAUUACCUACAUGGUUUCAAUACAACGUUUCGAACUAUGGUAGAGGUAGUGGGGAAAUCUGUUUCCAGACAUGCACAUGCGUUGUGGUUGUUGGACAAUAAUCGCAAUCAACAUUCCGUAGAGGUACCCUACAUAGUUUCAAUGCAGACAAGACGUUGACUGUUA